AUGCCUCCUUCAGCAGUUCCAAGAAAAGAUCUAGAAGAAUCAAUUAAUACAGAUAUAAUUACUUUAACAAGGUUCAUCCUAGAAUCACAGCGUACUUCAGCAAAACAUGCAACAGGUGAAUUUAAUUUAUUGUUUAGUUCCCUCUCUUUCGCUUUCAAGUUUAUAGCGCAAACUAUUCGUCGCGCGGAGUUGGUUAACUUGAUUGGUUUAUCAGGAGCAUCAAAUGCUACAGGAGAUCAGCAGAAAAAGUUAGAUGUCCUUGGAGAUGAAAUAUUCAUAAAUGCAAUGAAAGCCAGUGGUAACGUUAGAGUCCUUGUGUCUGAGGAGCAGGAGGAUUUAAUCGUAUUCCCAGAAACCGGUGGAACAUAUUCUGUUUGUUGUGAUCCAAUUGAUGGUUCUUCUAAUUUAGAUGCGGGUGUUUCUGUUGGAACAAUCGUGUCAAUUUUUAAGCUAACUCCGGAUUCUACAGGUACGAUUAAGGACGUUCUUCGCUGUGGAAAAGAAAUGGUUGCUGCAUGUUACGCGAUGUAUGGCGCUUCAACACAUGUCAUGUUAACAACCGGCCAAGGAGUUAAUGGAUUUACUCUUGACACGAAUCUUGGAGAGUUCAUCCUAACGUAUAAGAACCUCACAAUGCCACAGCAUAACAACAUCUAUUCUAUUAACGAAGGUAAUUCCGUAUUCUGGACUGAAUCAAUCAGAAAAUUUAUUGAGUCGCUAAAAUUAAGUGAUAAACCAUAUUCAGCCAGGUACAUUGGAUCCAUGGUUGCGGAUGUACACCGUACGCUUCUAUAUGGAGGAUUAUUUGCUUAUCCAUGUGAUACCAAGAAUCGCAACGGAAAGUUAAGGUUAUUAUACGAAGCUUUCCCAAUGGCGUUUUUGGUUGAACAGGCGGGCGGAAAGGCCGUGAACGACAAAGGUGAACGCAUUCUUGACUUGGUGCCCGAACAUAUUCAUGACAAGAGUUCAAUUUGGCUAGGGUCAGUAGCAGAAGUGGACAAGUACUUGACACACAUCGGAAAGUAG